AUGGUACCAAUUCAAUUAUCUCUGCAAAUUGUGGUAAUAAUUUUGACUAUCAAUGCUGGGUUGAUAUUUGCAGGAAUUUCGGACACUUGCUUGGGCUGAAUUUGUAACGUAGAAUCAAAUUGUGACAAGACAAUUGGAUGUGCGGAUGAUGGCAGAUCGGAUUCCUGUGGUCUAUUUCAAAUAAAAGAAGUGUACUGGAUUGACUGCCAUAGACCAGGCGACAGUUAUGAAGAGUGUGCAAAAGAUUAUGAUUGUGCCAAAGGAUGUGUUCAGGAUUACAUGGAACGUUAUGGAGGUUCGAGUUGUGGAACCACUUGUGAAAAUUAUGUGCGCAUGCAUAAUGGAGGUCCAACAGGCUGCCUCAAAAGUUUCACUGAUCAGUAUUGGAAUAAAAUAAGAGCUGCCGGCUGCAGCAAAUAUAGUUAA